CCGCCAUCGAUUAUUUCUUUUGCAUCCCUAGUCGUCCGCUCCAAUAUAAUUUCACUCGACUUGUUAAAUGAAAAAAACCACCUUAAGUUGGGACUAAUUGGACAAGGAGAAGGCGCAAAUUGGCCUAAAAUACGGGCCAAAAGAUAAAAACCGAUAAAUGGCUGAAAACCUGGCAGCUGUGCGUGGAAAAAAGUGAAAAGUGCUGCUAGCGAGUACCGUUUGUGUGUGUGUGCGUGCGUAUGUGUGUGCGUGUCUUACGUUGCAAACAAAAUUUCUUUACAAUUUUUUUUGCAUUUGAUCGGCGGCUCAAGCGGCGUUCUAUAACUUUUCCCCCGAUCCGUGGCAGCAUUGUAAAGCGCAGCAUUGCCUACAAAUGUUGCUCCCCCGAUAUGAUAAUGAAAGAUGCACGAAUAUGACGUAAAUGAGCGCAAAGAGGAACCAGCCAGUCUUCCACCAAAUCAAAACGUCACCAGCAACGGCGAGGAUAACCGGCAAGAUCUGCAGGAUUCACCCAGCAAGAACAGCCAACUCCUACAGAAUCAGCCAAACCAGGAGCUGGAGCUACCAACUUCGCAACAGGAAAAUAAAGAGCAACCAAAUCGCCAGCAGGAGGUGCAUCAGCAGGGUUCACACUGCCAGCCCCUUCAGGAUCCGGCUGCAACUCAGCAACAGGAUCAGCCAAACCAACAGCAGGAGGAGCACCUCCAUCCACUGGUAGUUUUCAAUCAGGUGCCUACCAGCCAGCCUAUUCUAAUUGAGGACUCGCCAAAGAGUUCGCCAGUAAAGAAGCGACAGCGUCGCGUUUAUGUCGCCGACUCCUCGCGCUGCUCCAGUCUACGUUCUCGUCGAGAAUCCACGACCAAGGAUCCCGUCGAAGUUGUUGACCUGAAGCAACCGGAAGUCGUUCCAGCACCUGCGCCGGUUCAGGCGCCUUCGCCCACACCCACAGAGACCACUGAAUACAUACCACUAGACCAAUUUAAGGCGGAGUUUUGGAACUGUAUUGAGGAGGUACUGGAGACAAAGCCCGCUGGCAGGAAGCGACGCGUCGCCGGAGGACCCAAACGGACGCGCGGUAACAAGCUCCUGAGAGAGAUCGAGAUCCAAUCACCGGAAACGGCGGCCGCAAUUGCGGCAGCGCAGGCUGAACUCAACGCCGUCGGAAAGUCGGGAGCAGCAGAAUCGCGGGUCAGCCGCAAAAGAACCAACACGAUGUCGCUGUACGAUCGACGAUUCCAGACGACCACUGAUGAGCGUCGCGUUGCGAACGGAUACGGUGGAAAUGGUGGGCGAUCGGGCUCCGGUUCCGCAACCAACGAGAUCGAGUCCCAGGACCUGCAGAGCCACCAGUACUAUGGGCCCAACGGAGGCAGCAAUGCGACGGGAUCGGGAGCGGGCAUAAACGGCAGCGCGGCGGCCCUUAAUCAGACCCCAUCGAUGGGCACGCUCUGCAACAUUGGGAACAGCUGCUAUCUGAAUUCCGUGGUAUACACCCUACGUUUUGCUCCGCACUUUUUGCACAGCCUGCACCAUUUGAUCCAGGACUUGAAUGUGGUGCAGCAGACCAUUGUGCGUCAGCAGACGGCUAGGUCAGCAUCUUUGGGUCGAAAUGUGAGCGCCGCCCAGUUGGAGCAUGCGCGCAGCUGGAGCAGCAAGGAUCUGGCCACUAGUGCGGAUCAGUACAGUGGCUUGAACGGCGGAGUCAGUAGCGGAAGUGGCAGUGGCAGCACUUCCAGCAAGACGACGCAUCAGUCGGUGACGGAGAAACUCCACGAGCUGUAUAACAACCUGCACGGCAACGAGAUGGCCGACUCUACGGAGCCCUACCAUGCGGACACGCUGCUGCACGCCAUCCAGGACGUGAAUGCCACCUUUGAGGGAAACCAACAGCAAGACGCACACGAGUUCCUCAUGUGCGUGCUGAACUGCAUCCGCGAAACGAACCAGUCGCUGAUCAAGGCCAUUGGCGAGUGUCCCGAGGUCAUUGCAAAUGGCUACAUAGCCAAUCCAGACGAUGUUGAAACCGGGGAGGCCCAGGAUCGAACCGAUUCCGCUGCGUCACAAAACCUGAGCUCUGGCAAUGGAUCGCUGGCAUCUAGUCAAAUAACCACGACCAAAACGUCGUUCUUCUCUCGCAAAUCAAAAAGAAAAGACGAGGUCAAGUCAUCCAAAUCGACGCGCGUUCAGUCGCCCCUGAAGGACAAUAGUCCCACGGCGGGCGGGAUAUCCGGAGCGGGCACGGCCCACGCCACCGCCAACAGCCUGUUCUACCUGAACACAGUUGAUCUCAGCGGCGCCAGCAGUAGCACCAGCGUAAGCGGAAGUGUCAGUGGCAGUGGUAUUAUACCCACCAGCGUUGCAUUGCCAACUUUACCGGCGCCGCAGGCUACAAAGUACUCCAGCGACGACGAGAUGAACUCCGCCACCAUGCUGAAGGACAAGAUGCGACUGGAGGAGCGGAUACGUGAGCUGAACCUGAACUUCUUCAGCUCCGACUUCGAGGGCAUUGUGGUGCUGACCACCAAGUGUCUUAGCUGCGAGACGAUCACGCGGCAAAAGCAGGGCAUGCUCGACAUUUCUGUGCCGGUGCCGAUCUCAGGGUACGACAAUGCCGAUCUGCAGGACAAACCCAGCACCUACAUACAAAACUCGUGCAUCACCAAGGAGUAUUUUCGCGGCGAGAACAAGUACAGCUGCAACCAGUGCACCGGCUACACCGAGGCCAUUCGAUCCAUCUCGUACGAGGUGCUGCCCCGGCUGCUGGUCAUCCAGCUGAAUCGCUUUUCGGGUGGCAUGGAGAAGGUGAGUACGUACGUGCCCACCACCUUCACCCUGCCCUGCUUCUGCGCCACCUGCUGUGAGCUAAGCGAGGGCAACAAACUGCACGUCUACAAGCUGUACAGCGUGAUCACCCAUGUGGGAGCCACCCUAACGGUGGGACACUACAUCGCCUACACGUGCUUCUUGGAUUUGGCCAGCGACUAUGUGAAUUGUCCGAAGGACAGGAGAAACACGAUGACCAAUUCGCAAACGAUGGCUUCGCAGGCGGUGGCCUCAAAUGAGAAUGCAGCUCCAAACAACGGAAGCAGUUCCGUGGCCAGCACUCCAGUCAUUGCAGCCGCCUCGGCAUUGGCUUCGUCGGGAAACAUUUUGAUGAAGAAGAUGAAGUUCGGACGCAGCAAGGCCUCUAGCAGCGGGGAUAUGAGCAAGAACGUUAAGCAGGUGAAUGGGACCAGCAGCAAGAACAUCACCAAUGGGAUCGGAAAGCUGAGCAUGAACACCACCUGUCAGGGGGUGAACUGCUGUGCCAUGAGGCUCUGCUGUAGCCAGCAGACGAGCAGCAGCAGCAACUCGGCCAGUUGCAGUGAUUUUAGCGAGGAGUCCCUGCAAAACGGCAGCAACAGCAAUCUCAGCUUUGGCGGAUCGGGCAGCACCUCCUAUCCCACGGGUUACGGGAGCACGGGACGCGGUGGUGUCAGAGCAAACUACGCGCACGGCGGCACAGAUCCCAUUUGGUACAUGUGCGACGAUGACAAGAUCAAGGCCAUGACCCAGCGGGAAUUCGAGGAGCUGCUGUCUCCCACUCGGAAGAUAACAAUAACACCCUACUUGCUCUUCUACGCACGCUUCGAUCUUCAGCCGCCGAAGGCCACGCCGCCGAAGCCGGGAACAUCCUCAACCCCCCCGCCACCAUCGUCGGCACAGAGCUCCUGGUCGAAUGACAACGUGCCCAGCAGUUCGCACAAGAUUUGAGGUUGUCCCAAGUCGCAGAGAUGCAGUGGCAAACGAGGCAAGUGAAAUUAGUUGACGGAAAGGUACUCUUGUCUGUCAAUCCUCACUUCCCUCGCCUUUUAUCGGCGUACUGAUCGAAUUGGAGAUGUCUCUAGCCUAGCAUAAUAAGCAAAAUAAGAAGUCUGUUUGUUAAACAAUGUAAUCGUAAGUGUAUUUAAGACCGAAAGUAAUGCAAAAAUUGAAUGCCAAGAUCAAAUGCAUCGAUUGGGCUCACUGUUCAACAGACUGUUUGAUCGAUGCAAAUGAUUUUGGCAUUUAAUUAUUGUAUUCUUGUCGUUAUUAAAUAAGGGCCAACUCCCUUUGGCUCCCUUUUUCCCAUAUUCGAAGAUCAUACAUUUUUUUGUUUGUUUUAAUUAGUAGCAAUCAGUACAGUCUGUUUAAUCGAUGCAUUUGAUUUUGGCAUUCAAUAAUUGUAUCCUUAUCGUUAUUAAAUAAACUUACCGGAAGCGUCACAUUGAAAACACGAAUUUAAAACGUUGAGAUUGUUUGCUCCAUUGAAUGUAACUGACAUCUAUCCCGCAUAACGUUUUCGAUAUACUCGUACAUAAAUUUAAAGCGAAAGCAAUAAAAUUAACAAAUCUUUGAUUCGAAAUAGUCGAGUGCAUGGCAGAGCAAGCGAGUGUUGUAAUAAUAGUUAUUAUUAUUAUUAUUAUUAGUAAUGAAUAAUCACAAAUAUUCUCAUAGGACAUACAAUCCCAGUUACAGUGGCAGUAGCGGUUGAAAAUCUGUAAUAAUUACAGCAAAUUACAUCCGAUAUACAAAUAGUAACUGGAAUGGUUUAUUGUAAACAAUGAGCUAUACCCACGCAAACACACAAAUAUAUACGAAGUGUUGAAUAGUUGUUAAACUCAUGACACACCUCAAAAGUGAAAUGUAAUUGAUUGAAUCGAAAGUGGCGGACAACACACACUUCAAGCGAACAACUGAGAAUUGUUAUGAAAUUGAUUGCAUAGUUUAUAGAAACGUUUUCAUAUGACAAGCUGCGACAUAACUUCAUUCACUCACAAACACACACGAUCGUAAUGUAAUAUUGAUAAAUAAUAUCUGUAAUAAAAUUAAAAUAUCUGUAACAAUUGUAAUAGCACACAACUUACGCAAUAUUUUUUAGUGGAUUAGCCUGAGUUUAUCCAUGCAUUACUGACUCUAGUUAAGUUCUGUUCGAUUUAUUUUCCAAGAGCGCUGCUAUAGUGAUAUUAACAUUUACAGAGCAAAGAUUUGUGUACAUUGUAAUGUGUAAAGUUUACAUUUAACAAUUAAAAAUAACAUUAACACUGAGCAACAUAAAAAC